UUGCAGUCAUGCGGAGGAACCCCUUCGUGGCGGACGGCUGCUGUAGGAAAGGGUCCCGCAACGCCCUGCAGGAGCUCUACAACCCCACGCAGACAGAGUUGUCUGGAGCAGCCGUCCUCCACCAGGCCAGGAGGGAUCAGGUAGUAGACGCCUGUCGCGUGUACAGUGCGUCAAGCCGUAAGCGCCGAGUCCUGACCCCCGGAGACCUCAAACACCUCGUGGUGGACGAGGACCACGAGCUCAUCUACUGCUACGUCCCCAAGGUGGCCUGUACCAACUGGAAACGCGUCAUGAUGGUGCUCACGGGCCGGGGCAAAUACAGUGACCCAAUGGAUAUCCCUUCCAAUGAAGCCCAUAUCCCUUCCAACCUGAAGACGCUAAACCAGUACAGCAUUGCUGAGAUCAACCACCGCCUCAAGAACUACCUCAAGUUCCUGUUUGUUCGCGAGCCCUUCGAGAGGUUGGUCUCGGCAUAUCGAAACAAGUUCACACUCAAGUACAAUUCAUCCUUCCACAAGCGCUUCGGCACCCGCAUCAUCCGCCGCUACCGCAAGAACGCCACGCACGACGCCCUGCUCAACGGCGCUGAUGUCAAAUUCAAAGAAUUCGCAGAGUACCUGGUGGACCCGGCCACGCAGCGUGACGGCCCAUUGAACGAGCACUGGCAGACCGUCUACCAGCUUUGUCACCCGUGUCACAUCCACUACGACCUAGUGGGCAAGUACGACACACUGGAAGAAGACGCUAACUACGUGUUGCGGCUGGUGGGUGUCGGCGACUCCUUGCGCUUCCCGAGCUACGCCAAGUCCACUCGUACCACAGAUGCCAUGACGGCCCAGUUCUUCAGCAAUAUCAGCACUCAGCAGCAGAUUCAACUCUACCAGCUUUACAAGUUGGACUUCCACAUGUUCAACUACACCACGCCCAGCUACCUCCGACUGGACUGAUGGAGGACCGAGCUGGGACUCCAAGAAUGGCUCCCUCGGUAACGGAGGGGCAACAAAAUUAGUGGAUUUUUUGGAGGCAAACUUGAUUUUUUAUUUUUUCAUUUUUAACUGUCGUAACUUGCAGACGUGGGGGUCUUGAUAAGACAUAUAGAUGGGUGCUGAGAGAAAGGUAAUGCGUGCUUGUCUGGGCAUAAGGGGGAGGAUGAACAAUCAAUCCUGUGACACAGGGAGCACUGAUUGGAUGAGAAUGUGGACUAAAUGGACCAAAUGCAUGCAAAGACUAAAGUGUGUGGGUGAAGCAGGUCUUCAAGGUGUUUCGAAAGGGGAACUCAUCCUCAGAGGAUGGACUUGAUGAGGGAUUCUUCUGAUGAUGUUCCCUACAUGUUUAAACAAACCGCUGGCAAAUUAGGCUGCUUCAGAUUCUACAGAGCAAACAGCGGCCUCGCACGCGCCCUGACCCCAAUGCAUCGUGGGAGCUAAGCUUAUCCCCCACCUCCCUCUGAUCAAUAGAGAAACUCCGUCAAAUAGUAAGUCAUGUCAGUGUGUCGGCAUCCAUCACCCGCGCCCUCAUUACAUUUCAGAGGGCUCAUCCCUGCCUGGUCAAGGACGCCCUGUAAUAGAUUGCUAAUGACUUCACUCCCAAGACCUCUCUGACUGUAACGAUGGUGGGAUGGCCUUCAGCUGACAAAUGGUCUACGACGUCGGCAGAAGGGAUCUCUUGUGACUACCUUGAGGACACGGAGAAAUCGGAGACUCCUGCUGGAGCAGAAACAUGUGGAAGUGUCUGAUAAAUCAUUGCCUGUAACACCAAGCACCCUUAACACUUUGAGCAACGGGAUGUGGUUUGAAAGGUACAGGAUGUUCUCACGUGAUUGGGCAAGUCUGAGCUGAAAGAAAGGAGGGGUUGCGGAAGGGUUCGAGGCACCGGAUCUCGUGACCCCGCCCGGCCGUGCCCCAACAAGCGUGGACACAUCCGGGGCCCCGCACCCACAAAGCCCCCGCUCAGACGACCAAACGCGUCUUUUAGUAAUUUAAUUAAGAUUAUCUUCAUGCUUAUUUGUUGUUUCUAUUGUCUUAUGAAGCAUUGCUGCGAGCAGCAAUAAGAAAAAUGAUUAUUUAAUUUGCUUUGUUGAUUAAAGAUUGAAAGAUU